GAGGCUGGACCGGGACAGGACCAUGACUUGGUGAAAGGAGAGAGAAAGAAAGAAAGAAAGAAAGAUAGCUAGAUAGAUAGAUAGAUAGAUAGAGAGAGAGAGAGAGAGAGCCUUGUGCGUGCAAACACCGACCGGCGUCUGCAUUUGCGGAGGAAUAGGAUUCAUUUCCCCUUUUUAAUAACAAAAAUAUAAACGAUUUUAUGAGGUGAGGGGGCGAGGAAAAAGAGGGCGAAAAGAAGAACCGCUCGCCGGGCGCCUGGAGACGGCGAUCGUCGGAGGUUUACCUCAUUUUGCAUCUGACAAAAAUUGUUUUACGCUUGGUGUCGGCGAAGACGACGAGAGGGAGAGGAAGAUUUUUUUUUUCACCCCUCUCCUGUGCACAAUGAAGGCGCCUGUCCGCCAUGUUACAAUGCUAGCCAGGGACUGACUGGGUUUCUUUUUUUUUAAUUGUUUAUGUUUAUUUUGUAUUUCCUUUGCUGAUUUUAAAAACAUCUUCCCGUCGAGUUUAAUCUCCCCUCUCAGCCCUGGAGGGAGGGAGGAAAAGGAAGGAGGGAGGGAAGAGAGCCUGAGUUCGCAGCCGCCGCUUUGUACCUCUCUCACUCGCUCACCCCUCGGAGCUGCCAUGGCGGAACCGACCUAUGCAUGUGCCAUAUGGAUCGUUUCUCCUCCCUGGGGUUUGAAUGGUCUGAAACUGGACUAAUUCAGUAUUGGAUGGACAAUGGCAAGCCACAGCAGUAACUGAGAGGGCUUAUUCCCUUGUGGAUUCCAGUCAAGUAUCUACUUUCCUCAUCUCAAUUCUACUCAUUGUCUAUGGAAGUUUCAGGUCUCUGAAUAUGGACUUUGAGAACCAGGAAAAAGAUAAAGAUGGGAAUACUUCAUCUGCCACUUUCAAUGUAAACAAUACCAACAAUAGUAUCCAGACCAUAGACUCUACACAAGCUCUUUUCCUUCCAAUUGGAGCAUCCGUCUCCCUCUUGGUGAUGUUCUUCUUCUUUGAUUCUGUUCAGGUGGUGUUUACAAUAUGCACUGCAGUUCUUGCAACAAUAGCAUUUGCCUUUCUGCUGCUCCCAAUGUGCCAGUAUUUAACAAGAGCCUGCACAACCCAGAACAAAAUUUCAUUUGGCUGCUGUGGACGAUUCACUGCUGCCGAGCUACUCUCGUUUACACUGUCAGUCAUACUUGUGCUUAUCUGGGUAUUAACGGGACACUGGCUACUGAUGGAUGCUCUGGCAAUGGGACUGUGCGUCGCCAUGAUCGCCUUUGUACGAUUGCCAAGUCUUAAAGUUUCCUGCUUGCUGCUCUCUGGGCUCCUUAUUUAUGAUGUCUUCUGGGUAUUCUUCUCUGCCUACAUAUUCAACAGCAAUGUGAUGGUGAAGGUGGCCACACAACCUGCUGACAAUCCCUUGGACGUGCUCUCCAGAAAACUUCACUUGGGACCAAAUGUUGGACGGGAUGUUCCUCGUCUCUCGCUCCCUGGGAAACUGGUAUUUCCGAGUUCCACAGGCACCCACUUUUCCAUGCUGGGGAUCGGAGACAUCGUCAUGCCAGGGCUUCUGUUGUGCUUCGUGCUUCGAUAUGACAACUACAAGAAGCUAGCUAACAGCGAGGCCAUCCCUGCCAUCGUACCAGGCCGAAUGCAAAAAGUCUCCUACUUCCACUGCACUUUGAUUGGGUACUUUAUAGGUCUUCUGACUGCUACUGUAGCAUCAAGAAUCCACCGGGCUGCUCAGCCAGCACUCCUGUACCUUGUUCCAUUUACAUUGCUGCCACUUCUUACCAUGGCUUAUUUAAAGGGUGAUCUACGGCGUAUGUGGUCCGAGCCCUUCCACACCAAGGCACAGAGCUCCCGCUUCCUGGAGGUAUGAUAGCCAGUAGAGCAGCCGAACGCAGGAAUAACGUACGCUGGGCACCAGAAGAUUUGUGUCACGUGGUUUCAUUCUUCUCAUCAAACAUGAUUGGUGCUUAAAGUGUUAACAAACAAACAAAGGUUGCGGAGGAAAUGUUUAUUUUCCUUUUGUGGAAUGCAGACUCUGUACAAUUAAUUCAACUCAUCUGCAGUCUUUGGAUUAGCAACAGACACUCACACCCUACCAUGUAUAAAUACAAGUUUAAAAACAAACAGACCCACUUUUUAAAAUGACAAGAUAUCAAAUCUAAUCUUGUACAUCCAGCUGCUACACAGAAGAUGCAACUCUGAAGAUGCCUCUUUGAAGGGACCAGCGACUCUUUAAUUGUCUUGAACUUUAGGCUAAAGGAGAAGACAAGGCAGCAACAAACCUUUUGAAUUCAGUAAUUACCUGUCAGGUGACUUAUUUGUUUCUUCCUGCAGAUGUGAGUUGGGUAUACAGUAGAAUCUGUGCUAUAAUUAACUUUACACCUGAGGUUUUGUUGCAUUGAUCCAGAAAGGUGAAGACGCCAAGAUGAAUCAUGUUGUGUACUUAAGUGGCCUGUUGUAAAUUUUAGCAUGUAUAGCAUUAAAUAUCGCUUCAGUAUAAGACCUACUGUCUCCUUUUCCAAAUGCUCCUCCUCCUAUACCAUAUGUGAGUUUAGAAAUGUACUUGUAGUUUGCACUUGUACCUGUGUUAAUGAUCCCACUUGACCUUGCACAAUUAUGAUUGGUGUAGCAAAAAAAAUUAACCUUUUUUAUGGUUUGUCCCUUUUUCUCCUUUAUUGGUUUGAUUAAUUUAGCAAAUGCAUGUAUCAUAGCAGUACUUGUUCUUUGAACCCUCUUGACUGUAGUGGUGAACCCCUGUAAAUAUUUUUUUUGUAUACAUUUGUUUCAAUGUGCGUUGUUGGCUCUACAUGUUGAAAAAGUGUAAUCUGGUCCAAGUUUACAAGCAGUAUCUGUUUUGUACCCUGGGUUUGUACUUGGUUCCUGUUACUUUAGUCUGAUACUGUCGCUGCAGCACAGUAACACAGGGCGGCCAGCGAGGAGCGUGCUUGUAACAUUUAGCAUCGUUACUGAGUGGAUAUAGACUGCCGUUGUAGUCUCCGCACCCAGAUACUGCAUCAGACCAGUGCAGGGCCCAGAUCCAACAUGAACUAACUCCAAGAGCGCUUCAAGUUCUUCCAUGCCCACCUCUACCUUGCCAUCUGCCCCGACACAUGCCCAUUCACCACGGCAUACACAAACAGUGUUAUGUGUCACUUUUAAAGAAGGAAGUGUUCACAUUUCCUAAAAAAACCACUGAGUGUAAUGUUUUUGUGCUGUAGACUAGACAAAUUGCUGAGCCAUUUGAUAGCCUCUGGCUUUGCUGAAAGCCUUCAAGUGGCCUGAAUACUGUACAAUCAUCUGUACACCAUUAGUGUAUUUCUGCCCCUGGAUAUGAACAUUAUCUUCAUCUCUAUAUAACAUGCACAGACAAGAUUCCUUUGUAAAUAAAACCAAAAGUUUAAGUGCA